AUGCAUCUAUCUCAGCAGGGCAAGAAAGAAGAGAUGGUGCAUAGGGAACAAGGAGCUUCAGACCCUUCUUUCGAGGUGAAUGGGAACCACCAGCCUGAAGGGAUGGUGAUCACAGAGCCCAACGCAGACAGCAUAGAGGAGGGUCUGGACCAGAGGCAUAGUGUAAACCUGAUAUACUCCAUCAACGACCGGCCGCCCUGGUACCUCUGCAUUCUCCUGGGUUUCCAGCAUUACAUCCUGGCAUUUGGUGGCAUACUUGCUAUCCCUCUCAUCCUGGCUGAGCCACUCUGCAUUAAAGACAACAACGCUGCCAAGAGCCAGCUAAUCUCCACCAUCUUCUUUGUCUCGGGUUUGUGCACGGUGCUGCAGACCACUGUUGGGACCAGGCUGCCAAUCCUGCAGGGAGGAACUUUCACAUUUAUCACUCCUACGUUAGCCAUUCUCGCCCUGCCCAAAUGGCAAUGCCCUGACACCGUAUCGACCCUGCACCCCAACAGUACCCCCACAGCCGCCGCUGACGUUCCUCUCGUCGACAAAGAUGAAGUGUGGAAAGUCCGUAUGCGUGAGAUACAAGGGGCUAUUCUCGUGGCCUCUCUCCUCCAGAUUGUCCUGGGUCUGACUGGACUGGUAGGACUGGUACUGAGGUUCAUCGGCCCACUCGCCAUCGCUCCCACCAUUAACCUCAUUGGACUGUCGCUCUUCAUACAGGCGGGGAAAAAAUCAGGAGCACACUGGGGCAUUGCUUCCUUAACAGUGUGUCUCAUUCUGCUCUUCUCCCAGUACCUCAGCAAAGUCAACGUCCCUUUAAUCACUUACAAGGACAAGAAGUGGAAAGUCUUUCAAUACCCCCUCUUCAAACUGUUCUCAGCUUUGUUUGGGAUGUGUGGAGCUUGGCUCGUGUGCUUCCUGCUAACGUACUUCAACGUCCUGCCCACCUCUCCGGAUGAGUACGGCUUCAUGGCUCGGACGGACAUUAACCUGGAUGCCGUCACCAGCGCCGCCUGGUUUCAUAUGCCAUAUCCCGGGCAGUGGGGCUUGCCCACAGUGAGUGUGUCCUCUGUUCUGGGAAUGGUAGCUGGCGUUUUAGCCUCCACCAUGGAGUCCAUUGGGGAUUACUAUGCCUGUGCGCGCCUGUCAGGCGCCCCACCUCCACCCACCCACGCUAUAAACCGUGGCAUUGCAGUAGAGGGGCUGGGAUGCAUCCUGGCCGCGCUCUGGGGCAGCGGCAAUGGCACAACAUCCUACAGCCAGAACAUCGCCGCUUUAGGAAUCACCAGAGUUGGCAGCAGACUGGUCCUUCAGACCACUGGCUUUCUGAUGAUAAUCUUGGGACUCUUCGGAAAAUUCAGCGCCAUCUUCAUCACCAUUCCCGAUCCGGUCAUAGGAGGAAUGUUCCUGGUGAUGUUUGGAAUGAUCGCAGCAGUGGGAAUUUCAAAUCUCCAGUAUGUGGAUUUGAACUCCUCCAGGAAUUUACUAAUCCUUGGAUUUUCGACCUUCAGUGGGCUCGUUCUUCCAACAUGGUUUCAUUCAAACCCAGGCCUCAUUAACACAGGCAUAAAGGAGCUAGACCAGAUCAUCAUUGUUCUCUUCACAACGCACAUGUUUAUUGGUGGAUUCUUCGGGUUUGUUUUGGACAACACGAUCCCAGGGACUGAAAAAGAAAGAGGGAUAAAAAACUGGAGAAAAAUGGAGCAGAACAGCACAAAGGCGUACUUCAGUGAUCAGUCUUGUUACAAUUUACCCUUCUGCAUGGACCUCCUAGAGAAGUUCAGAUGGGCCCAGCGUUUGCCUUUUCUCCCAUCAGUCAAGUCUCUGAAGCAGGGUGAACAGAUGUGA